UCUUUCUCUACCUACCAAGUCAUGGAAGAUCUAAAGGAAACGUUGUAUGAAGAAUUUGAGAACUACUCCUAUCCCCUGGAAUAUUAUUCCCUGGAAUCUGAUUUGGAGGAGAAAGUCUACCUAGGUGUUGUUCACUGGGUCUCCCUGGUGUUAUGUGGCUUAGCGUUUGUUCUGGGAAUUCCAGGAAAUGCCAUUGUCAUUUGGUUCACAGGAUUUAAGUGGAAGAAGACAGUUACCACUGUCUGGUUCCUCAAUCUGGCCAUUGCGGAUUUCAUUUUUGUUCUCUUCCUGCCCCUGUACAUCUCCUAUGUGGCCAUGAAUUUCCACUGGCCCUUUGGCAUUUGGUUGUGCAAGGCCAAUUCCUUCAUUGCCCAGUUGAACAUGUUUUCUAGUGUUUUCUUCCUGACAGUGAUCAGCCUGGACCGCUAUAUCCACUUGAUCCAUCCUGUCUUGUCUCAUCGGUAUCGAACUCUGAGGAACUCCCUGGUUGUUGUUUUAUUUGUCUGGCUUUUAGCUUCUCUAAUUGGUGGUCCUGCCCUAUACUUCCGGGACACUCUGGAGCUCAAUAACCACACUCUUUGCUAUAACAAUUUCCACGAGCAUGAUCCUGACCUCACUUUGAUGAGGCACCAUGUUCUGACCUGGGUGAAAUUUAUCAUCGGCUACCUCUUCCCUUUGCUAACGAUGAGUAUUUGCUACCUGUGUCUCAUCUUCAAGGUGAAUAAGAGAAGCAUACUGAUUUCCAGUAAGCAUUUCUGGACAAUCCUGGUUGUGGUCAUGGCCUUUUUGAUUUGCUGGACUCCUUAUCACCUGUUUAGCAUUUGGGAGCUCACCAUUCACCAUAGUAGCUACUUUCUCCCGGUGCUGCAGGCCGGACUCCCCCUCUCUACUGGUUUGGCAUUCCUUAAUAGUUGCUUGAACCCCAUCCUUUAUGUCCUAAUUAGUAAAAAGUUCCAAGCUCGCUUCAGGGCCUCUGUUGCUGAGAUACUAAAGCAUACACUGUGUGAAGUAAGCUGUUCUGGCACAGUCAGUGAACAGCUCAGAAACUCUGAAACCAAAAAUCUGUCUCUCCUGGAAACAGCUCAGUGAGUAUUACUCUUCCAAGAAUCUGUGUAAGGUUUUUCGUGUGAGUCCCCUGACAAAUGUUUCCAGAUUUAAAUUUGGUUCUAAGAUUUGGAACUGACCAUACUCUUUAUUUUUGGUCAACUUAUUGGCCUCACAUUUUUGUGUG